AUGGCCGACAGGGAACUGGCGACCACAGGUACAUGCCCCCCCUCCGACACGAAGCCCUGCUUGCUCGACAUAAUCGGUGUGGACGGCGAUGGCUUUGCCGGAGUCUUCCUGGAACACAAGUUCGAGAUUGUCAAGCACCUCCAGGGUCUCGGUUAUCUUUGCACCAUGACCAGUGACGACUCUAACGAGACUCGCGCUCUCUCGCGCGCCAACGGGGAUAUCUCCUUUGAACGUGCCACUGACGCCACUCGUGGUGCCGUCGACGUAGUCCCUGCGGAGUCCGGUCUUUCCACGAUCGUCCACGCCAUCCGCGGUUCGCGGAUCAUCUUCCAGCGUAUGCGCAACCAUGUCAUCUACGCCCGUGUCAUCACGAUCUGUCAACCGUGUCUUGCCUCGGUUCCUUGGAUCAGGCUGAGAUUCUCGCCUACUCCCUCGCGUGGCCUCUGCCUUACCCUGUUGAUGAUCACUCUCGUCAUCCUACGUUAG